AUCUUUUUGCCGAUACUAUAUUAUAAAAAAGCCUUAUAGCCAUUUUUAGCGCCAAAAUAUCAAUCAAAAAGUAAUUGUGAACUUUGGCGCUAGCUGUAUCGAAUUAUAGAUAAACGCUGUAGUGUAGAAUACACACGCAUGUGAAAAAAAUUCCAUAACCUAUAAGGUAUUCCCGCGCGAAAGUUCAUAGAUCCUAAAGUGUUUGAUAUGAAACUAUGCUUAUCACUGUUAUGUAUACUAGUAUAUAUACAUAUCGGUGAUGCUUAUCCUCUAUUGCUUUUGUAUUUUGAGCUCUAAGCUUGAAUAUCUGAUUUGAAGAUCUGAGUUGCCUUCAGAAAGCGGUGGGGAUAACAGAUAACACAGACAGCACGGCCACAUUCUAACAAGAUACCACUGUAUUUCCAGAUGGAUACCUGCAGCUAUGGAGAUUUGAAAAAUGAAUCUUGGUCUUAAAUUUCAAGGAUAUCCUGCUAAAUGGAGCAGGUUAAGGAGAGACCAGAACUGCUUCAUUGCAAUCACUCUCAUAACAUAUUACAAAACUUAAUGCUUAGAGAUUUGGGACUUUUAUAUUACAAAUGCUAUAAAACUACAACACGUGCAUUAGAAUCAGCAGCUGAAAUGAAAUUAGUUGGAAGAAAGCAUAGAGAAUUGGAAUAUGAUCUGCCAGGAUAUCCUAGAGCAACAUUUUUAAUGGUUUUCAGUCCUGACGGCACUAAAAUAGCAUCAGCCCAUGGAAAUCACAGUGUUUAUAUUACUGAUGUAGCAACUAGAAAAAACAUUAAAAUUCUUUCUGGUCAUCCACGCACUCCAUGGUGUAUUGCAUUUCAUCCCUCUUCUAGUUACAUACUAGCAUCUGGUUGCCUUGGUGGUCAAGUACGGGUUUGGGAUUUAAGGGAUGAUAGCAAGGUUUGGAAUGCGACAAGUCGGACAGUUAUAGCUUCUCUUGCCUUCCAUCCAUCAGAAAAAUUACUUGUUAUAGCAACAAAUAAUCAAAUACACUUUUGGGACUGGAGUCGACCUGAACCCUUUGCAGUAAUAUCUACAAAGUCUACCAUAGAAAAAGUAAGAUAUGUAGCUUUUGACAAUUUAGGAAAGAAAUUAAUCACAGGCAUUGGAAAUAAUUAUAUAAGAGAAUCAAGAGUAUUCAGAUCCCGUUUAAGGCCUCCGAGAACGACGCAUAAUAGUCAAGUACCAUGUAACCAUCCUGAAAGAACUGAUCAAAAUGAAGCGAUUCAAUCGUCUAGAACCAUGGGACCCGAACCUUCACACAGUACUCAAUCGAAUUUACACGGUAGUGUAUCAGUAGGUAAUGAUGAAAGCUGCAUACUACUAUAUCCCUAUAAUUCAAGGCGGGGAACAGGAAGAGGAAGAGGGGAGUUGAAUCCUCUACAUGAGGAGGAUGAAAGAGCUCCUUCUUCGGUUCUGAGGCACCUUAUACUUUUACAUGCACCUUCAGACAGUGAUUAUGGGUUUCGUUAUAUAAAAACAGAACUAAUAGGAUUUAUAUGCAAUGAAAUAUUAAAUUUUUUAGAAGAUGUCUCAGCAGUAGUGUUAAACUUCUCAGGAAUCUCCAGUUAUCGUGUGCAAGCAUGGGACUUCUCUAAGGGGGAAAUACCUGAUAUUAAAAACUCUGAAAAAAAUGUUGUUAUACACAAGUGUAAAAUACGUAAUGACGCUAGCAUAAAUAUUUCCUCGGACGGAAAACUAUUGGCAACAUGCUUUAUGGGAGCUGCAGGAGUUUACAGUUUACAAUGGGAAACGUUAGGAGAAGAAAUUUAUUGGGCGGAAGUAUAUAAUUCUGUGAUUUCUGUAUCAAUUUCGCCGACACAGGAGCAUCUUUUAGUAGGUCUAGCAAGGAGUGCUAUUGGAAAAGAAUAUACUAUGGCUAUUAUUUACAGACUAACACAUAAACAAUCUGAAAGUAACAAACCACGUAUGCAAGACUUGGACUUUAAUAAUCUAGCGAAAUAUUUACAUUUCAUGAGUAAAAGGAACACUAUGUUGUGGGUUAGAGAUUUACUACAAAGUAAUCAAUCAACUGGAGGACAUACAAGCAUAAAUUGUAUCAGGUGGGCACCACAACCUGGCCAAGGUUUAAUUUAUGCUACUAACACUGGCCGGUUAGCUAUUCUUCAUUAACGUAAUUACAAUGUUAUUGUAAAAAUAGAAAUUCGACGAUUAUUUUAUCGAUAUUUUAUCGAAAAACAAUUGUGUACGAAGACAGAAGUUUAUUGUUACAUGUCUUUCAAGGGAUAUAUUAUCAGAAACAUAAUAAAACUUACUAUUAAGUCACCAAUAUUAUACAUUUCGACAAGCAAUUUAAUACACUGUAAUUUAA